AUGCUUCAGGAGGAGAAGGAGGCGCUGAUUGCCGAGCUAGCAGAUUUCAAAAAAACAGAACUCGACUUCAAAACAUCCAAUGAGAAAGUCGAGCGCUACCAUCGGAAAUACGUGAAACUGUCCGAGGAGAACAAGAAGCUUGCUCUGGAAAAGGCCGACUUGCAACAUCGUUGCAAGACCACGCACGGUCAGUGCAAAUAUUUCAAAGAAGAAUUGAGCAAAAUGGCGGAUCAGAACAAAAAAUUUCAGAACGACGUGGCGAGGGCGCAGUCCGACGUGAUGCAUAUGCGAGCCGUUGACAAACAGCUCAGGGACAAAGUGGAAAAGAUCCCUCUUCUGGAGCAGUCGCUUACCAACGUCCAGUUAAAGGACAGGAAGAAAUCGGACCAGCUUCAGGCCGCUCUGAAGGAGCUGGAAAAGGUGAAUGAGAAGUAUAGAGAAAACCAGGUGAAAGUGAAUAUGUUAACGAAGGGGAUUGAAGAAGCAGAGAGAAACCAGUGCACGCUGCUAAACUCCAUGAUGAGGAGGUACAACGAGAACACGCUUCUGCAGCAGAACAACGAGAAGCUGGAGAACGACCUCCAGAACAUGAAGCUGCACCUGGAGUCCUUCAAGAAGCAGGUGGAGAAAGUGGAGGACCUGAAGAGGACACUAAACACCACCAUCUGCGAGCACGAGCGAAUCAUCCAGAUGCGCGACCUUGACUACAUAGCCGUGUGCGCGGAGGUGAAGCGCCUGCAGGCCGUGGAACGAGAGCAGAAAGGGCAGAUCUCCAAGCUCAACAACAAAUACGUUUUUUACGAGGUAAAGUGUUCCAAGCAGGAGAGCCACAUUGAGGCCUUGAAGCAGGGAAACCGCGAUCUGAAAGACCAGAGCGUAAAGCAGAAAGCCGAGAUCAGAGCCAAGACGGACGAGCUGCGGAAGGCGCACACGCAGAUAAACUCGCUGGAGAGGCACGUGUCGCACAUGCAGGUGCAGGAGCAGAGCCUGCGCACUGAGGGGAAGACCAUGAACUCGCUCAUAGAAGAUAACCGCAACGUUUCACAGCUCGUCAUCGGUAAGUUAGAGGCCGAGCUUUACGGGGUGCAAGUGGAAUACAACGGUGCGCAGGACGAGAUCCACCAGCUGAAAAAACAGUUGGACUCUCUGAAAACCGUGCACACAGAGGCCAUGGCCGAGGCGGCCGAGCUUCAACACAAGAUUAAGCUUCUGCGGUUGGAAAUGAACAAUAAUGAGCAGCGGCAGGGUUUAACGGUGAAGAAACUCACGAUCAAUAUAAACCAUUACAAGAAAUAUCGCAGACAUAUAUCGGACAAACACAAGAUGUACCACGCGGUCAAGAGCAUGGUGCAGAGCGGGCUGUGCAAAGAGCGCGUUGUUAAACCGCAGACCCAGGUCAAGACGGAUGAAGCCGAACGCGUAAACGAGAAGCCGGACUCGAAGCCGGAGCCAAAAUUGAACGAGCCUUUUAAGGCGCUGUACUGGUCCAAGAAAAAGAUUGUACAACUGGAGGAAAAAAUCAAAGUGUUGCAGUCAGAAUGCGUCAGCUACUACAACUACUACAAGCGCGAAAAGAGCAAUAAGGAGGCAUUACAGCAAGAGAUUAACACAGCCAAAAGGCAAAACGCUAAAUCUAAAGAAGUCAACGGUCAGAUCGUGAAGGCGGUGGAUUCGGGUAAAGGCUGCGGGAUUGUGGGCCCCAAACUGGGGAAGUAA